CGGGUUGACAUGAAGAAGCAGCGGCGGCUAGGGCGGCAGUAGCGGCGGGAGUAGAGGCUUGCAGAGGUGCUGAAGAGCCGAGAGCGCGGCGCGGCCUAGAGCGGCAGGCAGUGCACUGGGCCCAGGAGGAGGCGCAGUAGCCGCCCUGGGCCGUCAUGGAGAUGGAAAAGGAGUUCGAGCAGAUCGACAAGGCCGGGAGCUGGGCGGCCAUUUACCAGGAUAUCCGACACGAGGCCAGUGACUUCCCAUGUAGAGUGGCCAAGCUUCCUAAGAACAAAAACCGAAACAGGUACAGAGAUGUCAGUCCCUUUGACCAUAGUCGGAUUAAACUCCAUCAGGAAGAUAAUGACUACAUCAAUGCCAGUUUGAUCAAGAUGGAAGAAGCCCAAAGGAGUUACAUUCUUACCCAGGGCCCUUUGCCUAACACGUGCGGUCACUUUUGGGAGAUGGUGUGGGAGCAGAAAAGCAGGGGCGUUGUCAUGCUCAACAGAGUAAUGGAGAAAGGAUCGUUAAAAUGUGCUCAGUACUGGCCACAAAAAGAAGAGAAAGAAAUGAUCUUUGAAGACACAAAUUUGAAAUUAACCUUGAUCUCUGAAGAUAUUAAGUCAUAUUACACAGUACGGCAGCUGGAAUUGGAAAACCUUACAUCUCAGGAAACUCGAGAGAUCUUACAUUUCCACUAUACUACGUGGCCUGACUUUGGAGUCCCCGAAUCGCCAGCUUCAUUCCUGAACUUUCUUUUUAAAGUUCGUGAGUCGGGGUCACUGAGCACGGAGCACGGCCCUGUCGUGGUGCACUGCAGUGCGGGCAUCGGCAGGUCGGGGACCUUCUGUCUGGCCGACACCUGCCUCUUGCUGAUGGACAAGAGGAAAGACCCUUCUUCUGUCGACAUCAAGAAAGUUCUGUUAGAAAUGCGCAAGUUUCGGAUGGGGCUGAUCCAGACAGCAGACCAGCUCCGUUUCUCUUACCUAGCUGUGAUCGAAGGUGCCAAAUUCAUCAUGGGAGACGCUUCAGUGCAGGAGCAAUGGAAGGAGCUUUCCCAUGAGGACCUGGAGCCCCCACCCGAACACGUCCCCCCUCCUCCCCGGCCCCCCAAACGCAUCCUGGAGCCACACAAUGGGAAGUGCAAGGAAUUCUUCCCCAACCACCAGUGGGUAAAGGACGAAACCGGGGAGGAUAGAGAAGACUGCUCUAUCAAGGAAGAAACCAGAAGCCCUCUAAACGUCCCUUGUGGUGUGGAAAGCACGAGUCCAGACACUGAAGUCAGAAGGCGGGCCGUGGGGGCAGGUCCUGCCCAGGGGGAGCCCUCGCCACCCAAGGAGAAGCAGGACCCGGCGCUGACUCCCUGGAAGCCCUUCCUGGUCAACAUGUGCAUGGCCACAGUCCUCACGGCCGGCGCGUACCUCUGCUACAGGGUGGUGUCAGCAGAUACACAGUUUAUAUUGGAUUUCCCAGGGAAAGAUUUCCCGUGCUUUUACGAAUGUAAACUCCUUUGGAGAAGAGGGUUUAAGGGUUCAGGGCGCCGUCUUGCUCAGUCGCUUCCUCUGCUGUGCGCACGCUGAGCUGGGACAGCGCCUCUGAGCUUUCCCAUUUUUAGAAGAGAAACAACAGAAGGCCAUCUCUAGAAAACAAAGCCCGGCUUCUGCUUUUGCUCAGGGUGUCCCCACCGGUUUCCCAUUGCUCAUUUCUCCAUCCGUCCCUUCUCGCUCCGGCCAUCUGGGUCAGGCCCCGCCCUCCUCACCCCACCUCCACAAACGGGGUUCCCUCAGGCCCCUGCCUCAGGGUCUGAGGUCACAGCAGGGUGGCCACCAGCUUCUCACCCUGCAUUUGAGGUCCCGAAGGAACAGUUUCCACUUCCUUCGGAAUAGAAAUGCUGUUGCAGUAGAAAUCCACACACGAGAUGCGUGUCGCUUUUAAUGUGCGGGGAAGACGGAGGUUUAGCCUCAGAACUCUGGUCAUGGAAAUCACUUCACAGGACUUUUUAAAAAUCAUUUUUAAAAUAUUUUGUCUUUUUUGCAAGCGACCAUCUUUGAGUACAUCGGAUGGUUUAGCAAUGUGUAAACAAUGUUUUCCCUGGGGGUGAUUUUUGGGGAGGCGGGCUGUCCUAAAAGAGAAACGAACCCCCUUCGCUGGAGGCUGGGGAGGCCGGGGUAGUGCGUGAGUCUGCCGCUCUGCGGGGGUGGGUCCGGGCUCAUCUGAAAAUGUUUGGUUUCAUUCCAGUUCCUGUUCAGCAGCAGCACAUAAUCUGACCCACCUCCACUCCACCUCCACCCCACUGUCCGCCUCCGCUGCUAGAGCCCGUGCGCGCCUGGCAGGCAGGCCGUGGUCGGUAAGGGCCGAGGACAGCGUAGCCAGCCGGGACCUGGACGGACGUUUGUUCUGCACUAAAACCACCCUCCCCGGGCUGUUGGUUCUCACUCCCUUUGACUCUGUUUCCCUUCCCUUUCCUUCGAGUAUCCAAUCCACUACCCAUUUUUUGAGGAGAGCAAAGGAGAGUCCAGUGCUGGUGGCCUGUGCAAGUCGCGAGGCCCACCCUGCCGCGUGCUCCCCCUUGGUGUGGCCCAGUGCAGCCCGGGGAGGCAGCACCCAGUGUCCUCCUCCCUCGACCUCCACGGACAGCAUGCGCAGUGAGCCUCUCCACUCCAUAUUUAUUUUUUUGUUUUUGUCUUUUUUUCCCAAAGGCAUCCAUAGUGCACUAGCAUUUUCUUAAACCCAUAAUGUAUUAAAAAUUUUUGAUGUCAGCCUUGCAUCAAGGGCUUUAUCAAAAAGUACAAUAAUAAACCCUCAGGUAGUGCUGGGAACAUAAGACUUUGCCAUGAGCCCGCUGCAUGAGACCAGUACUAGGAAGGUGGACGGUUGUAAGCAGUCGUUAUUUCGUGACAUUGUGGGUAACGCGAGAAGAGGUUUGGCAUAUGUUUAUAGAACAUGGGAUAAUAUAUACUGAACACUUGGAUAUUUAAGAUACAUGACAUGAGAUGACUUUGUCCCAGUUAUCCCCUCCCGGUUAUCUGCUAGAACCUUGUUCUCGAUCACUGCUUUCCCUGUGUGUAUUAGAAUGCAUGUUCGAUCGUCUCGUGCCCCGAUCAGAUACCAUGUGCUUGAAACACUUAGCUCUCUGCUUAUUAAUGUGCCCCCAUGUACAAGUCCAAUCUACCUUUGCAUGAUCUGAUCAUUACAUGGCUGUGGUUCCUAAGACUUGCUGAAAUCCGCCAUUCAGCAGUGGAGUGAUGUUUUCCAGUAACAGAUAUUUGCCGAAUUCCUGGCAUGACACUCUGGUGACUUCCUGGUGAGGCCCGGCCUGGCCUUGUCCAGCCGGGGCCCACUGUAACUCAGACAUUCCAAGGGUAUGGGAAGCCGUAGUCACACCUCACGCUCUGGACAUAUAGGCAAGCAGGGUCCCCCCUAACACCCUGGGGAUCAGCCUCCAUGGUCAGAAGUUCACACUCCUUUCGAGCAGACUGUGAUUUGGAACCAAGGCAACUGUUGGAAACCACACGCCUGAAGCAAUCUGGGUGACAGUCCCUCGGAGUCCGCCUGCCACCGUCCCGUUCUGGGGGCCUUGCUGAGAGCCACGUCUGCCCCUGCCCUUGAACCCUGGGGACUGAUGGUGCUCAUGACUCUUCCUGCAAGGGAGCUUAAGACCUCCACAUUAAGUGGCUUUUUUAACAAGAAAAACAAAACAAAAAACAAGGCAGCUGUAGCUCACAAGCUGCUCUUUUGCCAGCAUUUUCACAUUUUGCCUUUCCCCACGUUAGAAGCCCGUGCAGAGAAACUUUGCGGCGGGAACAUUCGAGGCAUCGCUCCGCAGAGCCUUGGUGAGGUGUGGGUGAGGCUGAGGUGCCAGGCUGGAGGCGUUUUUGAGUUGGGCUUGUUUGUUUUUUGAGGUCCUAUAUAUGUAUGUAGUAGUUUGGGUGUGUAUAUACAGUAGCAUUUCAAAAUGGAUAUACUGGUUUAACCUCCUAUCCUUGGAAAACAGAUGGCUCUCCAUCUUGUUACACGUAUGUUAGAGAAGUAGCGAGCUGCUCUGCUAUAUGCCUUAAGCCAAUAUUUACUCAUCUGGUCAUUAUUUUUUACAAUGGCCAUGGAAUAAACCGUUUUUACAAAAAUAAAAACACACAAAAAAAGCGAGGUGUUUCGGUAUAAUACCUUUUCAGGUGUGUGUAUACAUGGCUGCAUGAUGGGGGGUGGGGGGCGCGCGUCUCAGGGUCUUCUGUGACCUCACAGAACUGUCAAACUGUACAGAUUUCCAACUUGCCAUAUAAAUGAUGGGUUUGCAUUUUAGUUGCAACAAUAAAAAUUUUUUUCUAAAGAA